CCUUUUGUACAAAAUUGAAAACGAAAAACGAUUACCGGAAGUCAAUACACUUCACGAUAGAUCACACCAGUGAUUGAGCGCGAGCUUAAGCAAUCGCUUUCAAGCACUAUAAGUGAACCAGUACGUUAGCAUUAGCUUAGCUAACGUUAGCUACAUCGUUAAUGUUUGCGUUUGACAAAAUGGCCAGUCGUGUCCGUAGUUUUUAGCAAACUGUUGGUCGUGUAACGGCGCGUACUUCGUACAAUUAAAACAAUUGUACGUGACAUAUUACGCGUCGUUUGUCUGGCAUUAGCUAGAUGCCUGGUUGAUACAGAGAUGAGCGGUGAGAACGUGAAGUUGUUUGUGGGGAAUCUUCCUUUAGAUGCAACUCACGACGAGCUAACGAAGCUCUUUUCUCCGUAUGGAGAGAUCAACACCUGCUCUUUGCUCAGACAGUAUGCCUUCGUUACACUGAAGGGAGAGGGCGCAGCAGACAGGGCCAUACGGCAUCUUGAUGGCAAAGAGUACAGAGGGAGGCCCCUGGUGGUCGAGGAGUCGCGUGCAAGACCACCCAACUCCACUAAAGUGUUUGUGGGGAACCUCGCCGCAACAUGUUCAGCAGACGACCUGCACGGGCUGUUCUCAACCUUCGGAAGAGUUUUAGACUGUGAUAAAGUCAAAGCCAGAUUAUGUUCAAAUGUAGGCUAUGCAUUUGUGCACAUGGAGAGGAAGGAGGAGGCCCUGGUAGCUAUUGACGGACUCAACGGGACCAUGUACAAGGGCCGUCAGUUGGCUGUAGAGCUGUCCAAAGCCCAACCUUUGAUCAACCAACUUGCAAUGGCUGGAAACAACCACGGCGGUGUAUCAGGAGGCAGGGAGGGUCUUCUUCCACGACCACCUCCAUCACUAGAGCAUCACCAGAGUCAAGCAGCCGUGCUAGCGGCAGCUGCGGCAGCUGCGGCUGGACUCCCCAUACAAGUUCAACAAAGUGUUCAUAACUCAUUCUACAACACCACAUCCUUUGACCCCACCUACGCUGCUUUGAAGGGUAUUACAAGCGCUAAAGGUGCAGAUGGGGUGAUAUAUGGUGCUCUUGCCAGCCAGGUAUAUGGAUCUGUUGCUGACCAGGUGUACCAAGAUAUGGCCAAUCACAAUUCCUCGGCUGUCACCACUGUUGAAGUAGAAUCCCAGUCUGGGCCAGAUCCAACAACGCUUUUCGAGGCAGCAAGAGCCAAGUUCUUCCAAGAGGGACAGAAGGUUCUGGCAGAGCAGCAGUCGGGGAGAAAGGCAGUAACUGCAGACAGUGAGCGGGACCGCAGCCCAAUCAGAGGAAAUCGAGCCCCCCUCCUCCCAGACCCCGUUCCAGGUUCCUUCGGUCAGAUACGACCUAAGCGCCGGGCCCUGCUGCCAACACCACCUGGCGGACCUGAAGAGUCCCCAGCUGCUACCAACACGCCUGAAGGGUCAGAUCCUGUUGCUAGGUCUUACACAGAGUACUACCAGCAAAUGCAUCAAUACCAACAGUAUCAACAGUACCAGCAACAGUACCAGUACCUCCAGUAUGCCUACACCAAUCCUCCUCCCCCUCCUCCACCUCCACCGGCCAACACACAGGCCUCCACCACAGCCACUGCACCCCCAGGGACGUACACGGCGCCCCCAACGUAUGCGGCACCGGGAGCCUACGCACCCCCAGGAACAUAUGACACUUCGGGAAGUUACAACGCUUCAUCUGGGAACUACGAUGUCCCUUCAGGAAGCUAUGACGCAGCUGGAGGCUACGGGGCACCGGGAGCAUAUGAUUCAUCAGGAGCUUACGCAGCAGCGGGAAACUACUCCACAUCCACACCGUAUGAGCAGACACCCGCACACGGGCAACCCAUGCCCCAGCGCCAUGAUUACCCUUACCACACGCCAGAACCCCCUUAUCGAUAGUCCCACCCCCAUACACUCCUUCCACACUGCAGAUGUGUGUGUGUGUGUGUGUGUGUGUGUGUGUGUGUGCGCGUGCGUGUGUGUGUGUGCGUGCAUGUGUAUUUACAUAAGGGACAGUUUAAAGAGGAAAACCAGAGGGAGCAAGGGUGUAAUUCGAAUGUAAUUAAAAUCUGAAGCAUUUCCCCUUUUCUCCAUCUUAACCUAGUCUCUAGCUUGUCUGUCAGUUGGUGGCUGUGUGGUUAACUUAAAGAAGGAAAGCUAAUAUUGGAACAUUGUCAAGCGUUUCUGUUCGAUGUUAUAGAGGCACAGUUGGUUUCUUGUUUGAUGUUAAAGAAGCUUAAUUGUUUCUUGGGCCACAGUUGGACUUAGUCCAGGGUAGGAGUCUUUUUGUUUGUAGUGAAUCAAGGCCUUUUAUAUACUCUACAUAAAGAUGUGCACCAAACAGGGGAUUUGUGGAAAAGCAGUCGCAUAGCUUGAAGGAGGGCACAAAAUGAAAGACACCGAUAAAUUAUUAAAAUGAUUUGAAAACCAGUUCAUUUAAACCCAAAAAUCUCCAUCUGGCCUCUUUACAAGAUGCAUUAAAGUUGCCGCCUUAUUUAAAAAUAUAAUACUCAUCUUUCAAAGAUCCAUAUGCCGACAUGACAACUUAAAAAUAUAUAUAUAUAUAUAUAGCCAAACCCACACACUAGUGUUGGCCUAGGAACAGCCUGUGUAGAGUAUGCAACAGGCCUCUGUUUGAAUUCAGCUGCAUUGACACUUUUGUAAUAGCCAGUUCGUCCAGACAUAUAAUUGCCCGAUGGGUAAUACACGUCGACUAGAAGAGAAAGCAGAACUGAAGUGAAAUGGAGCAGUGCAUCAGCAAGGGUUUUUUUUUUUUGUUGUAAAGAUGGAGAAUGUUUGAUAAUUGACCGGCUUGUCUUCUGUUUCAUUCUGGUUUCACAGUCGUGGUUUAGUGCUAAUCAAGCAAUUCCCACUCUUAACUGAUGACGUGUCAUUUUUGAAUGUCAACAAAAACCUCUCAAAUCGACGUGUUAAAAUUGACGGUUGGAAGGUUAUUUCGAUUUUGGGGGGGGGAGGGGGAUUUUGUGAUUGCAUCUGGCCCGCUGGCAUUACAGGUUUUCUGAAGGCUUCCUGUUGUUUCCAGAGUGUGAAGAGUGAGAACACGUGUAGUCCAUACAGGCCGUCCUGUUUAAUUGGGAGAGUUAGCUAAAGUUAAGAUGGAUAUUACCGGUCUGAUUGUGUGAGCUUGAAGCCUCACAGUUGCGCGGGAUAGCAAAGUGUGAACGUGACUUUGAUAACAGGAUAAAAAUGCAGUCGGAUGAAACAUUUUCAGCCGUUAAUGUGCGUGACUCGGAUGUUCUCGUGGAUAGGGUGUCCGUAAUUUAUCUUUCUUGCGUUUUCUGGCUUAGCCCAGGCUCUCUGUUUCUCGAGGUCUAAACAAACUCAGGAGUUAAAUAUAUCCUGUCAGUAAGUUUGUAGUUCUUCACAUUUCUUUCUUUCUAUUUGUGUUGAAUUGCGAUCAGAGCAUCUUGUGUGAAAAGAAAGUUGAAUGCAUCCACGUUUCUGUAUUUUUAGGUAACACUCAGUCGAAAUCAGUUUUAUUUUUUUUAUUCAAACUUUAAAAGAGGAUUUCUUUUGUCUGUUUUGUACAUAUUUGAAUUUAUAAAAUCCAAAAGAAUCGCAGCAAGCUUCGUUUGACCAAUGAUGUUUAAAGACUCAUUAAUCUAUACUUAAAUUCCCAAUUGGUUUUAGACAUUUUCUAUUAUUAGCUUUUGUUCCAGUCUCAUCAGCUGCUGUCGUGUCUCUGCUCACACUGGAAAACAUUGAUGAUUUAGAGGGAAAGUUUGACUAGUUUUCAUACCUGAAAAUGUACAAUUUGGUACCUGUGUAAAUACAUACAACCUUAUUUUAAGAUGGAAAAAGUAAAACCAACCAACAUUUUGUUGAACGGUAAGAAUAUUGACGGUUAAUAUUAAGUUGAAAUGAUUGUAUUUCUUUCUAAACCGGUGGAAAUGGUGAAAGAAGAGUUAAAGAAAGUUGAGUUAUCGGUCUGUUUAAAAAAAGGCAACCCUCUGCUUGUCGCGUGUAGCGAGUGCUAUUCAACCGUUGUGCCAUGUGAGUGUCGAAACUAAAUGCUCUGCAAAAUAAGACAUUACAAACGAUUUUUGAAUUUCAGAUUCUAAAUAUGGCAGAAAACGAGGAUUUACCAUUUAAGUUGAGAGCAAGUCGUGUGUCUUCUAAACGCAGUGCAGUGGCAUGUUGCUGAUGUGUAUAGUGUUGGGUUAUUGACUGAUUGGAUAGUAUUGGUGCUGCAGGUAAAUAUGAGGGUUGUUUUAGUUUUUUAGUAAAGGCCGCUGACUUUCCCGAGCAGCAGUGAGAAGGGCCGAUGACCUUUCCUUUUCCCUCUUCUGAUCUCACCAGGAACACACAACUCAUUUGAUCCACAUCUACACAACUUCCACACUUUGUAUCUAGAUGCAUUUUAAACGGGUUCAUUGCAUUUUACUCAUCUAAAGCAGGCCACACGUGCAAAUGAUACUAAUGCGCACCUGAUUCCAGCUGUAUUUCAUGUGACUUACAGUAGUUGUUCCGUUCGUGAUUGUACCACACACCAGUUACUCAUCUUAUUUCUUAUCCGUCACCUGAGUUGGUAGUGCUGUUAGGUUUUAAGUGACACAUAGCCUCUCUAAAUGUCCACAUUAUUCCACCUUCUCCAUGUGAACUGUUAGUUGCAUGCCUUGUUGUUGCUGCUGCUCCAGCCACCUUCUUCCUCUUGCUGAUUAUUGCAGCUAGAGUGGGAGGGAGCCAAACUGAGCCCUUGCCCUGGACGUACGCCACACGCAGCUGUAGCGUGGGAUGGGGAAAACAGCAGCGUUAGGCCUGAAACUGCUGUGGACGAUGGGGUGUCCCCCCACUAAGGUAAACACUCAGACCACACACUCCUGCCCCUCCCCGAAAAUACACUCAUACACGCAUACAGAAACACCUUUAUCCAUACUUCCUAUUCCUUGCCUGUCUUCAGGGAGUUUUAUUUGUCAGGAUUUCAGAUUUUUGGAAAUGGAUCUCCCAUCCUUUUUUAAUUGGAGAUUGCCUUUUUUCCUGCUUUUGAUUUCCCUGAUCAUAUCCCUGCACUCACCCCCCUUCCCCCCCCCCCCCCCUCCACCCCCAAAAAGAAUACUCUACUCAUACAUUCCUGCUCCCAACAUACUGACCGCUCACACACACCAGAUUUGGAGGACACAGACCAUCUUUUAGUCUAAAUCUGAAGCAGACAUGUUGUUGUUAGUAUAUCCCGAAUCUAACAGCCUGUCAUUCAAGAGUACCAGGCAAUCACAGCCAGAGCUAGAUGUGGGACAUUUAGGUAGGAUGGGUUGUUUUUGUAAAUGCGCCCCUGGGGCCACUUCGGGGUUAAGUGCCUUGCGUAAGAGCACAUCGGUAGGCCCUUCAUUUCAGAGUUGAAUAACCUGGCUCAGGAUCGGUUGCUGGUUCAACGCUCGACUCCCCCUCUCCCCUAAAACAACGAUUUUUGAUGCCACAUUCAACUUGUAUGAAUGACAGUGAACACAAAUAUUAUCAUUUUGUUUUAAAUUACAUUUUGUCCUAUGUUCUUUGAAAUGUUUAAUUAUCAAUAAAUGAAUUUGAACUGAA